GGUCAGCAACCACUCCAGGAACAAUCACUUCACCAUUGCAAAGAAGAAACCCACAUCCAAGAAGAACGCAAAGAAACAGAACAAGCCAAGAAUAGACCGUCAAGAUCAUGUCCCCCGUCAGCUCGCUUAACGAGGUCUUCCAUUCUCUCCAAGAAUCACUCUCGUCCAUCACAAGUUGCUUUUGCCAACCAGAUGCCACCCUUAAGCUGAACGGACGAACGCUGAAAAUAGUCAAGCUGUUGGGAGAGGGUGGAUUUUCGUACGUUUACCUGGCGCAAGAUCCGUCGUCUGGUAGACUAUUCGCAUUGAAGAAGAUCAGAUGUCCGUUGGGAAGUGAUAGCGUUAACGAAGCGAUCAAGGAAGUGGAAGCGUACAAGCGAUUCCGACAUCCCAACAUCAUCAGAUGUCUAGAUUCUUGCGUCGUACAAGACAAGGAUGGAGAUGGAAAAGUAGUAUAUUUAUUCCUACCCUAUUAUUCCAAAGGAAAUUUACAAGAUUUAGUGAAUUUGCACACCGAUCUAGCACCUUUACCAGAAAACGAGAUAUUGAAGUAUUUUCUUGGGACAGCGCAAGCAGUAUCAGCGAUGCAUGGCCAUGUUCCCAAGAAGACGAUCGUCUCUGAUUCGUAUCCGCCCAAUGGCCUCGAUCUCGAUUCACCUGGAGGACUGACUACGCCGACUAGCAUCACCGAUCGGAAGGGCAAAAGACGACAAAAUAUGGAGGAGGAGCGGAUGGAGGAGGAAGAGGAGGAAGAGGAAGGCUUAGGGAAGACUGAGGAUGAACGGCAAGAGGCCCCCUUGAUGGGCAAUAUGAUCUCAAAUCACAACACCGAUCAAAACCACCAUCAUCAACCAGCUACUAAAGCCCAACGCAAUUCCGGAUCGAUCGAGCCGUGGGCGCAUCGUGAUUUGAAACCGGCAAACGUACUCAUCAGCGAUGACGACCGACCUAUCCUGAUGGAUUUUGGGAGCGCGAUCAAAGCUCGAAUCCCGAUCCCCAACCGAUCUAUCGCUCUUCAACAACAAGAUUUAGCUGCCGAACAUUCUUCGAUGCCAUACCGAGCGCCGGAAUUAUUUGAUGUCAAGACGGGAGAAGAUCUGACAGAAGCGGUCGACAUAUGGUCCUUGGGAUGUGUGCUAUACUGUCUAGCGUAUGGGCAUUCGCCAUUUGAAACGACGGAUACGGUCGAGCAAGGUGGCUCUAUGGCGUUGGCAGUGAUGAACGGCUCCUGGAAGUUCCCGAAUACCAAAGGCUCGAAUCCGAAUCCUAAUGGGAACAAUAACAACUCGAAUCAAAGUCUCCGGGUUUAUAGUGACCGCUUUCAAGAGUUGAUCAAAUCGAUGCUGGUGGUCGAUCCCAAAGCCAGACCGACAAUCUUCGAGGUCAUCGAUUCUGCUCAGGCCAUCUUGGAUCAACAGUCUCAUCACCUUCCUGAAUAAGUCGCUCGGUUAUAUUGUUAUCUGCUUAUUAAUUACUUUGUUGUUUGCAUUUCGAUUAUCUAUCAGUCCUGUUUCCCCAUCCCAAUUAUCGAAGUAUCUUGGCUAGAUGAGCUUGUUGUUCCAGAAGAAAAAAAAAGUAUUAUCAAUAUACAGAUCUGAUGCUGAUAAACCCAUUCAGAAUCAUUCCAAAAAUGGCAUAUCAAUUUGGUUGCAUAGAUAUACAUAUAAUAGAGAGUGUAUGGCUAGCCGUCAAGUUAGAUUGAGUGAUAAUAUAAUGUCAGUGCAAUAAUACAGUUUUUUAUGGGAAUUAAA